AAAAAUAUAACAGAAUACGAACAAAUUAUAAUUGGUUGGAGGAGGAGGAGAGAUCGAAGAAACUCCCACGAGAUGGGCGUGGAAGAAACCGGAGGACCGGCGGCGCCGCUUCUCCCCCAGUCGACUCCUCCGCAGUCAGCGCCGCCAUGCUACGGCGUACCGGUCGCCGCCGCGGCCUUCCAAGAUCCCUACUUCCCUGAUCCUCCAGCGUACGUCCUCCUCCCCGUUUACCCCCGCCGCCGGCGCCAGCGCUGCGGAUGCUUCUCCUGCUGCGGUUCCCUCAUCUCUUCUUCCUCCACCCUCCUCUCGGCUGCUUUCUUCCUCGUCCUCCUCUCCUCCGCCUUCUUCCUCUGGCCCUCCGACCCCGAGGUCACCGUCACCCGCUUCCACCUCGAAGACAUCCGCGUCACCCCGCCGCCUCUCGCAGCCAUCGGCAUCUCCCUGAGGGUCGAUCUCAGGGUCCGCAACCCAGACUUCUUCUCCCUCGACCACCGCUCCAUCGUGGUCUCGAUCGGGUACCGCGGGAGGCCACUUGGCUCCGUCACGGCCAACGGUGGCCACAUUAAGGCGCGGGGGGUCUCGCACGUUCACGCCAAGCUCAAGAUCGACGGGAUCCCGGUGUGGAAUGAUGCCAUCUAUCUGAUCGAGGAUCUUGCAAGGAGAUCGUUGCCUUUGGACACGGUCACUGAGGUCGACGGCAGGAUGCGUCUCUUCUUCGUGGACGUCCCCGUUCAGGGAAAAAUUUCUUGUUUGGUGUCUGUUAAUCCAGAAACCCGGGAAGUCAUUAAUCAAGACUGCUACCCUGAGUGACUACUGGUACUUGCAGCAGAUGAUUCAGGUGGAUGGUUCACAAAGUAUUUGUUUCCUCUUUCUGCAUGUGUUUUACAUAGUAUGUGAAGUCAAAACAAAACUUGUUUAUAAGAUAUGAAUUGUAGUCUAGAAAAUUGUAAUCCGUGAACUCGAAAUCUGAACAAUGUGUUUAAGUGAUGGCUUAGUUAACCUGCCUUGGUGUUGACUGUGA